UCAAUGCAAACCUGCCCUGGCAGGCACUGUUUCAAAUACAUCUCCGGCUCACGGCGCGUACCCGACCGCUACACCUUCUUAUAUCCUGACUGGUCCGUGGAACAUUGUGUUCCAAGUCGCGCGUGACACCGAUCCGACAGCUGUUACUAUAUAAUCCCUAACCUCUCCCACUAGGUCACGACGCGAGAAGGAGAGGAGAGACAGUACUGCCCACUCGCCCCUCUUUAGGCAUCCUAAUCUCUUCUUCUUGCAAGCAAAACCUCCUUCGCACUUUCCCUCCUUUUCCCUUCAACUUUCGUCUCUCUCAUCAUCUAGGGUUUAGCAGUUUCUUACUAUCUUCUCAAAAAUGAGUAGCAACAAAGAUCAAAUCGACAUGUCCGAUAUCGGCGCUAAUCUCCCAGCCGCCGCCGCCGCUCUUAGUGCCGAGGAUCGUGCAGGUCUUGUUAAUGCCCUGAAGAAUAAGCUUCAGAAUCUUGCUGGCCAGCAUUCGAACGUUCUUGAGACUCUUUCUCCGAAUGUUCGGAAGCGUGUGGAGGUCCUGAGAGAGAUUCAGGGUCAACAUGAUGAGCUAGAGGCAAAGUUUUUUGAGGAGAGAGCAGCCCUUGAAGCUAAAUACCAGAAGCUUUAUGAGCCACUAUACUCAAAGAGAUAUGAAAUAGUCAAUGGUGUUGUUGAAGUUGAAGGAGUAACAAGUGUAGCUGCAAUGGAUGAGGAAGGCGAUAAAGCCAACGAAGGGAAAGGUGUACCUGAUUUCUGGCUCACAUCGAUGAAGACUAAUGAAAUAUUGGCUGAAGAGAUCUCUGAGCGUGACGAAGAGGCUCUCAAAUAUCUCAAAGAUAUUAAGUGGUGUAGGAUUGAUAAUCCAAAAGGUUUCAAGCUGGAGUUCUUCUUUGAUCCUAAUCCUUUUUUCAAGAACACUGUUUUGACAAAGACUUAUCACAUGAUUGAUGAUGAUGAACCUAUCUUGGAGAAGGCAAUAGGUACGGAUAUUGAAUGGUAUCCAGGUAAGUGCUUGACACAAAAGAUCCUAAAGAAGAAGCCAAAGAAAGGGUCCAAGAAUGCGAAACCUAUCACUAAGACUGAAAAUUGUGAAAGUUUCUUCAACUUCUUUAACCCUCCACAGGUUCCUGAGGAUGAGGAUGAUAUUGAUGAAGAUACUGCCGAAGAACUACAGAAUCAAAUGGAACAAGACUACGACAUUGGCUCAACCAUUCGGGACAAAAUUAUCCCUCAUGCGGUCUCAUGGUUUACUGGAGAGGCUGUCCAGGGAGAUGAGUUGGAAGAUGUUGAAGAUGAGGAUGAUGAUGAAGACGACGUAGAUGAAGAUGAAGAAGAUGAGGACGAAGAUGAGGAUGAGGAUGAUGAUGACGAGGAUGAAGAUGAAGAGGAGGGCAAAGGCAGGAAGAAGUCAUCUGGAACAAAGAAGAUUGGAAAAGCACAAGGUGGCGAUGGUCAGCAAGGUGAGCGCCCUCCAGAGUGCAAGCAACAGUAAUGUUGAACUGUUGAUUUGCAGAAAACAGCAUAUGGAAACCGGGUGGUGUAGUCUUGGUGUCCUUGGUUGUUGAGAGUUUUGCCUCUUUGAAUUUCUACCUUUAUUUACUAGAAUUGUCAGGUCUUCUCUCUUUGGUUGAGAGGAGUUUUAUGUAUCAAUUUUCCUUGGGUUGACUGUGUGGUGGUGAGUUUUACAAGGAAAUUAUUGAAGUAUAUCAUGCAUUUGUCUGCAAUGAUUUGUCCUCUUUAGUAUUUCCCAUAUAUAUAUCAAUGUUGUUAUUUUGUACAUUUACAUUGUACUUUCUUCCCUCAAAGAUUUAUGUUCUGUUUCGGUUGACUUUAUGUAGAGUGAUGUCUUUUUGUAUGACUUAUGUGUGAAUUGAUUUAGAUUGAAUACUCUCUUC